ACAAAAGUAAACAUAACCCUAAAGUGUCACUUCUCCAAAAAUUAGGUUAGUUUUAUUUAACCUCACAAAUAACCAGAACAAAUUCACAAAUAAUGAAAUAAUUUUCCGAAAAUUUUUUAAGAAUAAUGAAUAAGGCACUCUUUCUUGUUAACAGAACUUGUCGUUCCUGGGGUGGUAGAAGAUUUUCAACCUCAGUUAAACCUAGAUCCUCAACUAACAAGAAAGCGAAAUUUUUCAUUUCAACGCCAGUCUAUUAUGUAAAUGCAGAACCUCAUAUUGGUCACUUGUAUAGCUCAAUAAUCGCAGAUACUAUUGCACGAUGGCAUGUUCUGCAAGACAGAAAUACACGAAUCAAAUUUUGUACCGGUACUGAUGAACAUGGAUUAAAAAUACAACAAGCUUCUGCCAAAAAUGAUAUGACUCCAAUAGAAUAUUGCAAUAGAAUUGUUCAGAGUUAUCAAAAUCUUGCACAAUGUUUCAAUAUUACCUACACAAAUUUCAUACGAACAUCACAAGAUAGUCAUUUGAAAACUGUUCAUAAAUUUUGGAAUGUACUUGCUAAAAACGAUCAUAUAUAUUCAGCAAAUUAUGAAGGCUGGUACUGCAUUUCUGAUGAAACUUUCCUGUCAUCGUCUCAACUGAAAGAAGUAGAAGAUGAAAGUGGAAAAAAAAUAUUGAUUUCCGAAGAAAGCGGACAUCCCGUUGAGUGGACAGAAGAAAAGAAUUAUUUAUUCAGAUUGAGUCAGGUCCAGGACGAAUUAGUUUAUUGGUUGAAGGGUAACGAAAAUGCAGUAAAACCGAAAAAAUUCUACAAAAUCUUAUUGGAUCUCGUGACGAGGGAAAAUUUGCCCGAUAUUUCCGUUUCCCGACCAUCUUCACGAGUCAGCUGGGGUGUUCCCGUGCCCUCUGACAAGUCGCAAACGGUUUACGUAUGGCUGGACGCCCUCGUGAAUUAUUUAACAGCUGCUGGAUAUCUUACGGACGACAGCGAAUUCAGGAAAAAAUGGCCACCCGACGUACAAGUAAUCGGAAAGGACAUUCUCAAAUUCCAUGGAAUUUUUUGGCCGGCAUUUCUAAUCGCUGCCAAGCUGGAGCCACCACGUACACUACUCUGCCAUUCCCAUUGGACUGUUGCGCACGAGAAGAUGUCCAAAUCCAAAGGUAAUGUGAUUGACCCAUUCGAACGAGCAGAAAUUUUCACCCCUGAAGGUCUCAGAUAUUUUUUGCUUCGAGGUGGAGUGGCCCACAGCGAUGGAAAUUAUAACGAUUCUAAGGCGAUCCGCGUGUUGAACGCAGAACUGGCCGAUACCCUCGGUAACUUGCUGAAUCGUUGCACUGGCGAAAUUUUGAACCCCAAUCAAGAAUUUCCGACGAUCCAGAGUGAGGUUUUCGAGGAUAUCAUGCAGUUGGAUGUUGCGAAGAAAUUGAAGGAGAACGUGAUGAAUUUGCCUGACAUUUGCGAAACCAACUAUAACGAAUAUAAAAUCUACAAAGUGGUCGAUGCCAUUGUAGCAACAUUACAUUCCGCGAAUUUGUUCUUCGAAACAAUGAAGCCGUGGGAGUUGAGAAAAAUUCCGGAGAAAAAGGAUACUCUAGAUGCUGUUUUGCAUCUCACCAUGGAAACUCUCAGAGUAACUGGUGUUCUACUUCUACCCAUAGUUCCUGGUCUAUCGUCGAACCUUUUGAACAAACUGAAUAUUCCCGAAGAUUCGUGGACCUUUCAGAAUGUUAAGACUUUUUCGUGGGAAUCUAGUCAAUUUAAGAGCUUUAAAUUGUUACCUGAUAAAAUAACGUUGUUCAGGAGAAUUUUGCUGGAGGAUAAACCAAAAAUAAAGAGAUCUGAACGAUAUUACCGAGUUUUAUUAUCCCCUAACGUUUCUUCGCAAAAAAUUAAAAAACAAAAAUGUGUUAAAUUUCAUCGUUUAGAAAUAAGAAAUCAAAUAAUCGUAAGGUAGGUAAUCUUAACAUAA